CUUCCGGCGAUAUUUGGUUUACUUUUUUAUUAGCGUGACUUGCCUUCUAAGCUUGUCGUAGCUCAUCUGCUAUUCCUUCCACCAAUCGGUUUUCAUUACAGUCGCUCUAGAUAGGAACAGAGCGCCCCGGGAUGUUCGAAUCUCGUACGGGCAGGACGAGGUUCCUCACUGUUCUACUAGUGAGCGCUGGAAUUGGCUCGGAAGGGUUCGAAGCAUCCGGCCGUCCUCGACUACGGAAUGGGAAAUUGAAGACGCCCCGACGUUUCUUCGUGCGACACGCUACUAUCGCCGAGAAUGAGGCACCGGAGAGCUCUCAUCUAGGUGCGACACCCCCGGAUAUGGUUGCCUUUGCUUCCGGAUACACAACCGUAUUUGAGGAGCUAGUAUGUAAAUCCUGCCAAGCAUCGCAGGGAGAGGUACCAGACGAUCUAUUCGGAACCUAUUUCCGUUCUGGACCCGCCAUGUUCAGUGCUGGCUCAAUUUUACCACCCAAAAAGUCAUUGAUCCAACCAAAGCAACCGCCAGUUUUAGACGGGGAAGACAAGACGCGGAUGGUACCACACCCCUUCGAAGGCGACGGCGCUGUUCUGGGAGUAACAUUCUCUAGAGAAGGAGAUGUCACCGCCCGUUUCCGAUUCAUUCGAGGCACUCCUUUUACGUACGAACGCAAGAAAGGCAAACGUGUUUAUACUGGUAUGGAUUCUACUCGGAUGGAGGGCCCGUCAGCCGGUGGCGGCUUAGCCAAUGACCUCCCUCUUCCACUUUAUCGUCACAACUUGAUGCCAGGGCUGAACAAACUUCGGAAAAAUACCGCAAAUUCUCGCGCAAUCUAUUGGGGGAAGCGUCUCUUUUCGCUAUGGGAAGGAGGACAACCGCACAAACUGGAUGCGCUUGCACUGUCAACAGAUGGGAGAUCGAUGUUGGGAGGUGCUAUAAAGAAGGAAGCAGAUCCGUUCGGAGGAAAGAUGAUUUACGAUCCAUCCAAAAACCGCGCUUUGUUUUAUGCGGUAUCUCACGAAUCAAAGGACUCCAGCAUUGUUUGUUACGAAUUCGACGACAAGUUCCGCCUGAUAGAAAACGGACGGAUCGAAACGACAGUACCAGGGUUUGCUUUGAUAACAGACUUCGCCGCGACCGAAAACUACGCCGUGUUUGUACAGCCUCCCAUCGCUACGAAUGGGAUGAAGUUCCUUAUGGACAAAGGUCCCGGUAGAGCGUUGAAAGUGGAAGACCGACCGUCUAUCGUUCACCUCAUUCCACGUCCCGAGUCUUCAAAGCAACAGAUGUCUUUACCUCUCCCGAUCGAUUCUCUUUCGGAUUCAAACUUACACUUUAUAAACGCAUAUGAGGACGGCGACAAAGUGCUAUCUUGGCCUUGGGGAUCGUCCUUGGAAGAAUACCAGGCGUGCGCCUCCAAAAAAUCCCUUUGGCGGUACACGAUAGACACGCAGAGGGGAUCCGUUUCUAAAAAGCUCAUGUUCAACGACCACUGCUUUUUUGGUGGGAUUAACCCUGCUGUUAGUAUGAAAGAGCACCGGUAUAUCUACAUGAAUGUCGGGGCUUUGGGAGCGGAUGUGGCUCCACCUCAAGGGAUUGCACGAUUUGACUGUGAAACAGCGGAAAGUCAAGUCUGGAUGCCCGAAAAUUUUGAGUUCUGCGGAGAACCAAUGUAUGCUAGACGAGCGACAGAGGAUGGAUCAAACGACCCUGGGUACAUUUUGUCGGUUCUCUACAAUGGAAAGAAAAACGAGAGUGAAUUGCUAAUCUUGCAAGCCAAUAAGAUUCCGUCGGGGCCAAUUGCUCGCCUUCCCUUAGAUAUUGCCAUUCCACACGGACUUUUCGGAUGCUUCAGUACAGCUGAGGAAGCUACGUCCUGGUCGACGGAAGAAAUCGAAAGGCGGGCCAAACUUGCUGACAAGAUGGAAUCCAAGGGAAACAUGUGGAACGAGGUCCGCAGCGAAUUUUCAGGUCUAGGUUUGCGGUUUUCGGACAUGGACGAGUAUGGGUUUGAUUUUUUGUUUUAG